CACCCCACCCCUCCAUCCCAAGGGUCUUCGCCGCCAGUCGAGACGCAUCAAAUAAGGAAGAUUCCGAAGCGUAUUUGGUGACUGCGAAAUUUGGCCAUGGCAAAGGACAAGAAAAAGAGCUCAGACGCCAAAAAGGCUAAGAAGGCUGAAAAAGCAGCCAAACAAGCCAGCAAGGGCGAGAAGAAGGCCAAGACCAAGUCGGCCAAAAUCGAGGGUAGCGAUGCUGAGGAUGUGGACCUCGAUGAGGUGCUCGAGGAGUAUCGUCGGCAGCAGGAGCAAUUCCUCAAGAUCACCGAGACCGUCUGUGAUGCGCCUCCCAGGCCUCGCGCCGCGUCCACACUUAUGGCCUCGCCGCACGACAGCAACAGCCUCCUCCUAUUUGGCGGCGAGUACUUCAACGGCUCCCUUGCACAGUUCUACAACGACCUGCACAUCUACAACGUGAACCGCGACGAAUGGCGCUGCGUUACCUCCCCUAACGCCCCUCUUCCGCGAUCUGGUCACGCGUGGACGCGGUCCAGCAAUCCUAAUUUUGUGUACCUCUUUGGCGGAGAAUUUUCCUCGCCCAAGCAAGGAACAUUUCACCACUAUUCAGACUUUUGGAGACUGGAACCUGCCACGAGGGAGUGGACCAAGAUCGAGGUUAAAGGCAAGGAUAAGAGUCCUCCCGCCAGGAGUGGGCAUCGCAUGACGUACUGGAAGCAGUACAUCAUCCUCUUUGGCGGAUUUCAAGAUACAUCGAACCAAACUAAGUAUCUGGCGGAUCUCUGGAUCUUUGACACGGUCAACUACGUGUGGCACUGUCCGACACUGCCUUCCGCUCAGCUCAAACCUGAUGCGAGAUCAUCUUUCACUCUGCUGCCUUGCGAGUCAGGGGCCGUUCUAUUUGGCGGAUAUUCACGGGUCAAGGCGACGGUGGCCCUGAAGAAGAAAGGCACCGCCAAGGCACAAUCACAGGGGCAAAGGAAUGUUUUGAUCCCCAAAGUACACGACGAUUGCUUCUUCCUGAGAAUGGCACCGCCUACCUCCGACGCAACUCCCACGUCUCCGCCGACAGUACGGUGGGAGAGACGCAAAAAACCCGCAAACUCUCCCAACCCUUCCCGUGCAGGCGCGACCAUGACCUGGCACAAAGGGCGUGGCAUUCUCUUCGGUGGCGUUCAUGAUGUGGAACAGAGCGAAGAAGGCAUGGACAGCGAAUUCUUCAACCAACUCUUCGCGUGGAACAUUGAGCGGAACCGCUUCAUGCCUUUAGGCCUGCGGAAGCCCCGUCAGCAGAAGAAGAACACCCAGGAGCAGCGUGUGGGCCGUCGCGGUCGUGCACAAGCAAACGAAGAGGAACUCCUACGUCAACUUGCCGCCCUCGAGACAGGCGCUUCUCUGGACGAUGCUGACAAUAUGGAGAUUGAGAAGAGGUUGGAGGAGCCGGAUGACGACGAGAAGCCAGCCAGGGAAAUGCCAGUAACCAUGGAGCCGCCACAUGUCAGGUUCAACGCGCAAUUGGCCGUGCAGGACGAUGUCCUAUACAUCUAUGGCGGCACAUUUGAGAAGGGUGAUCGGGAGUUUACAUUUGAUGAUCUCUACGCCAUUGACCUGAGUAAACUCGACGGGUGCAAGGAAGUAUUCAGCAGACCUGUGGAGGAUUGGAUCGAAUCUGAGGAUGAAGAAGACGACGCAGAUGACGAAGAGGAAGAUGAAGAUGACUCGGAUGGAGAAGACACCGAAGACGAUGAGCAGGAACAGCCACUUCACACGCCCAGCAUGCGCAAGAAGAAGGACGAUACCAUGUCGGACACAACCUCCGAAACGGCAUCAACCUCGACAGUCGCGUCGGAAGAGGAAGAGACCGACACGACUGCCGCAUCGGUGGAUGAUGGCCUUCCACACCCUCGGCCCUUUGAGUCUCGGCGAGAGUUCUUCGUCCGCACGACGGCCGAGUGGCAGGAGAUUCUCAUGACAAGCCUCCGUUGGAAGAAUAUCCAGCCCGAAACCUUGACUGUCAAGGAGAUCAAGACCAAGGCGUUUGAGCUCAGCGAGGAGAAGUGGUGGGACUGCCGCGAGGAGAUUAUGGCGCUCGAGGAAGAACAAGAGGCGGCGGGUAUUCAGGAGGUUGUAAGCCUUGCGGAACGAGGUGAUGCGGGCGCCGGCCCGGGAGCGAGGCGGCGAUAAUGCAUCGUGAAGGUCGCACAAUAUAGCAUGGCGCAAGUAAAAUGCAGUACGGUAGUUUAUCACAACCGAUGUAAAGAGACCACGAGUUGGUAGUCUACAUGCCAACCUGUCAACACCACAA